AUGACGCCCCUGCUGUUAAAGCACCUGGCUGCCUCUCUGUCUCGCCAAGUGGCCCAGAUGAGCCGGUUGAAUCUGAGCUUGUCCUCACCGGCAGCUAGUGCUUACAGAUGUCUCUGCACCUUCACCGCAGCUCCCCGCUCCCUGCUCCUGUCACCAGCCAGAGUCGGCUCCAUCCAGCACCCCUCGACUGGCUCCUCUGCUCAAUGUGGACCAUCUUUGUUGGGACAGUGUCAGCAUCUUCCCUGCAUCCAGCCCUCUGCAGGGAUGAAAACCAAGUCUGCCCUGAAGAGGCGCUGCAAAGAGUGUUUCUUUGUUCGACGGAGGGGACGUUUGUUUGUGUUCUGCAAGACAAAUCCAAGACACAAGCAGAGGCAGGGCUAA